GUGUCGGCGGCCGCCAGGGACACUCGGGGACCGCGCAGGCUGCGGGCGGCGGCGAGAGAAGGGGAGCAGCGGGGCGAGGGGCGACUCGGCUGGGUAGCGUUGCUGCUGCUGCCGCGGUGCAUGUUUCCAUGUUGCUCGGUGCAUGAUUUAGAGGAGAGGAGGAGUUGGCAGCGGCAGGGAGCGGGGAUCCGCGCCGCCAGCGGCCCUGCCUUUCUUCUUGCCCCUCUGUGGCAUCGAGGCUGCUCUGCCUGCACGCCUGCCCUGCGGCGGCCCCCGGGCUCUCGGAGAGCGCCUGUGCCCCCCGGGGCCGGAGCGGCGGCGGGGUGCGAGUGUGCGUGCGGGUUUAGGGGGGGUGGGGGCUGUGUCUGAACCAGUUAGGAAGAAUGACUCUGGAGUCCAUCAUGGCGUGCUGCCUGAGCGAGGAAGCCAAGGAAGCCCGGCGGAUCAACGACGAGAUCGAGCGGCAGCUGCGUCGGGACAAGCGGGACGCCCGCCGCGAGCUGAAGCUGCUGCUGCUGGGCACAGGAGAGAGUGGCAAAAGCACAUUUAUCAAGCAGAUGAGAAUCAUUCAUGGAUCAGGUUACUCUGAUGAAGACAAAAGGGGCUUUACAAAACUGGUGUACCAGAAUAUAUUUACAGCAAUGCAGGCCAUGAUCAAGGCCAUGGAUACCCUCAAAAUCCCAUACAAGUGUGAAAAUAACAAGGUUCAUGCACUUUUAGUUCGAGAAGUUGAUGUAGAGAAGGUGUCGAGUUUUGAGAACCCAUAUGUAGAUGCAAUAAGAAGCUUAUGGAAUGACCCUGGAAUUCAGGAGUGUUACGAUAGACGACGGGAAUAUCAAUUAUCAGAUUCAACUAAAUACUAUCUUAAUGAUUUGGACCGCAUAGCAGAUUCCACCUAUCUGCCAACCCAGCAGGAUGUGCUCAGAGUUCGAGUCCCAACAACAGGGAUCAUUGAAUAUCCAUUUGAUCUACAAAGUGUCAUUUUCAGAAUGGUUGAUGUAGGAGGCCAACGAUCAGAAAGAAGAAAAUGGAUACAUUGCUUUGAAAAUGUCACAUCUAUCAUGUUCCUAGUAGCUCUUAGUGAAUAUGAUCAAGUACUUGUGGAGUCAGAUAAUGAGAAUCGAAUGGAAGAAAGCAAAGCACUCUUUAGGACAAUUAUCACAUAUCCGUGGUUCCAGAACUCAUCAGUUAUUCUGUUCUUAAAUAAAAAAGAUCUACUAGAGGAGAAAAUUAUGUACUCCCAUCUAGUUGAUUAUUUUCCAGAGUAUGAUGGACCACAGCGGGAUGCACAGGCAGCACGAGAGUUCAUCCUGAAGAUGUUUGUAGACCUGAAUCCAGACAGUGACAAAAUCAUCUACUCUCACUUCACAUGUGCUACAGACACAGAGAACAUCCGCUUCGUCUUUGCUGCUGUCAAGGACACAAUCCUACAGUUAAACCUGAAGGAGUACAACCUGGUUUAACUGUACCUGGGGGAUCCUCCAAAACCAACUUUCCGUGAUUGAAGAUACACAAGAGGGACUGUAUUAUAAUCUGUGAAAACAAUUUGCAUAAUACUAAUUUAUUGCCGGCCUGGACUCUGUGAACGUCCACAGAGUUUGUAGUUAAUAUUAUGAUUUUAUUUAAAAUACGUGGAGGAAAAACAAAAGAUGCUGAAGUACAUUCACAGCACAUUUCCUCAUUUUUUAGGCAAAACCUUGUGACUCAAUGUGUUUCAAAUUCUCAGUUAUUCAUUUACAAAGGAUGGCAGUUUUUUGCUGUUGAAGCAAAAUUGAGCUGGUUUCCUCUUUCUCUAACCCUUUCUCUCCCUCUCCUUUCCUACUCCCCUUAUCUUUUAAAAGGUACAAUGGCCUUUUUUUUCCUCCCAGUUCCAUUCCUGGGUGAAAUAUUUUCUGUUGAGUGAUUUGAUCAGUAAAACACUAUCAUAACAGUUUAAGUCAUCAGUCAUUCUAAUUUUACAGUAUGUACUUUCUUUGAAGGAUCAAAAAGUAUUGAUACUGUGAUUUUUAAAUUCUUUACAUGGGUGUCUUCAUUCUGUCUUCACUUCUGUGACUAGAAUAUUGGGAUUGCAAAGCAGAAUUACAGUUGUCUAAGGAUAAUUAAUUUAACCAUUGUUUUACAGUUAAGAAAGGUGCAAAGAAGACAGUAAUGAAGUAAAUAAGACACAAUCUGGGAUGUCCGUGGAAUAUGUCUUUUUAAUUGCCAUGUGCCAUUUUUUUCUCUCUUCUUUUGUUCACAAAUGCCAAAUAGGAAAAUCAUAGACACUACAUUUUCCCCAGUGGCUACAGCCUGAAACAGUGUUUUUCUCAGUUGUGUGGGGUGUUUUUUCUUAAGUUAGAGCUUUUUUAAGUGUUCUUUUUCCACAGUAGAAAAAUUAUUUUUAUUAUACAAAAUUCAUGUUGCCAAAUCUGGCUUUUUAUAAAACCAAUGCGUUUGAAACAUAAGAUACUGAUUGAAAUGCCAAAUGGAUGGGUUGGGAACUGACCUGAUUGAAUCAACUGCCAAGUGAUUAACACACACAGUUUGAGCUCAUAUGUUCCCUUUUUUACAAAGUGUACCGUUUUCUAAUACCAAAACCAACAUGUAAGUGAAUAUGCUAUGAGGUGUACCAUGCACCUGCAUGUAGUCUAGUAAUUAGAAGACAGUUGAGAUCUCUCAUUUUAUCACUUAUGACAUGAGAUUGUUUUCUGAAUAAUGUCAAGGCACCUUCAGUUAUAUUACAAGAAGUUAUUGAUGAGAGAUCAUGUUCAGGAACCUUUUUUGAUAAGGUUGAUUGUUAAUUGAUUCACAGGCAUUUGAUAGGCUUUUGUACAAAAUAGCCUCUCUCAAUGUUCUUUAGAGCAGAUUUAUAAAUGUAAAUGAAGCAGUGAGAAAAUCAUUCUUGAAAUUUAAAUGUGCAAUUUUUUAACAACAAAAGUGCAGCACACAUUGAUGAGCCUUUAUUCUGCAGCUUAGGUUGAAAGGUGUUUUUUGACCAGGUGCAUGAUUGCUAGGAAGAAAACUCUAGAGUACAGACAUGUAAUUGGAUUGAUUAUCUAUAAUGCCAACUGGCACUAGAGUGCACUUAACACAAAAAUGGCUGCCAUGUAGCAGCAAAUGGGAGGUGGAAAAAAGAAUGGCUUAUUAAUUGAUUACCAAAGUUAACAAUAAAUACUAAUGAGAUGUUUUUCAUCCUUAACCUGCCCAAAUCCAAAAUAAUAAGGACAGUUGCUAUUUUUUGCUCCCUCUUAAAACACCUUGUAAUUUAAAACUGGUUGUAGGUAUAGUGCAAUUAUGAAUGCUAAAGUCAUUGUACAUACAUAUAUAUAUAUAUAUAUAUGGCAGCAUCCAUAUUGGCUUUGUAAUCAUUAAUUUUUGGCAAAUUGAAUGUGCUGUAUUGAUAUGUAUCUAUGUAAUUGUAUUGUAUGUCUUAUAGCUAAUUCACAUUUUAAAUAAUGUUAUUUUAUUUACUUUUUUAAGAGAGAAGAAUGUAAAUUUUGUCAGUUUAUUUCUGACUAGGGAUUUGUUGUUGUUUUUAUUUACAAAACGAAAUACUAUAGUACAGAGCGGUACUAGCAUCGUGCUGUAUAAAAUCAUUUGCACAUUCCUGAGUAGAAGUAAAUUGGAGACACCAAGACAGAGAUGAUUCAGAUUCAAAACAGUGCUCAAAUCUUGUCAGGGCUUUAAACAGCUGUUGAAAACAAUCCUAUUGGAAUAACGUAUGCCAUUAUAUCUCAUAUUGGAACAUAAGCUUGAAAUAUAAUUUUUAUUUGACUGAUUCACAUUAGGUUACUUUCACUUUUCUAAUAGCUUUAUUGGAAAAGUAAAUUCAGAGAUAUUUCAAACCAUUGUAUGUGAGUGCUAAUGCAGAUGUAUUGUUGCCCGAAAAACACCAUGAUAAAAUGCAAAAUAACAGUUUUUCAGAAAUUGUGGAAACCUUAGGUAUAAAAACAACAACCAAAAGGUCACUAUUGUUAAUGAUUUUAAACAGUUGAAGUGCUUUAUUUAAUGAAGCUAAAGCAAGUAGAUAUAGAUUAUAAAAAGUGACACUGACAUUCUGAAUAGGGGAUCAGAGCUGUGACUCUUUCUUAAUAUAGCUUAACAAAAAUGGUCCUGAUCAUAUUAUAAGUGCAACAAAGCUUCUGUUUUCACAGUUUCACUGUUGAUAAUAUCCCUUUCUUAUUGCCUGGGAAUACAUUGCCCACAUUGGAUUCAGUGCUGUAAAUGGAACUGUAGCCAAAAAAGGAAGGGGAAAAAAAAUUUGAAAAAAAAAAAAAAAAAAAAAAAAAAAGAAUAAAAAAGAAAAGGGGGGUGGGGGGGGAGAAGAAAAAAAACCACAACCAAACAAAAAGCCACAGGAGACAGUGGUGUCUAACAGAAGUUUGGGGUUUUUUAAUUUUUUUUUUUUUUGUUACGGGAUAUUGGGUGGGGGAGAAGGAAAUGUGGUUCCAAGUUUUGUAUAAAAACAAAACAAAAGUUUACUCAUGCUUUAUAGUUAUAUUGUGAUUGCAAAAGUUUUCAAGAGUGUGUGCCACUGGGCUAUUUUCUGGUAUUUUUUAGGUGAGUUGAACCUGUGGCAAUGUUUAGAUCAUUUGAGCAUGUUCUGGAAAAAAAAAUACUCAGCAUGCCAAGGCAAGCUUUACAUGAAUCACCUAACACAGCAUUGCAAUAUGACAGUUUACAAAACAUUUUCUUUUUAAGUAACACAGCUGUUCCCACUUGUAGUAUAUUCCAUUGUGGUGGUGGUGGUGUUGCUGUUGUUUUAAUUCGUGGUUUCUAUUACGCCUUAUAGUGCUCAAGUCCAGAAGUUUGUGCCUCUAACAUGAAGCUGAAGGCAAAAACAUCCAGACGGAAACCCUUUUAACUUUGCCAAAAUAAUGUGUUUUCUUUGAUUGUUAUAAAUGGGGGACGAGGGAAGGAAAAUGUCUUGGGAACCUGUGUAUUCUAAAUGUUCACUAGCACAAGAAAGCUGUAAUACGUGUUUUACAGAAACUUGGAACUUGCCUUUUUCACGAAUUAGCUGGCGCUGUCCUUACAGAUGUAGGAUGAUGCAGCUAUAAGGGCAGUUUACUUUUUAUAAUUCAGUCUCUUUUGAUUGUCAAGGUGUUUGGACUGUACUUUUUAAUCAUACUGCCACAUGAUUGUGAAUCGCUUUUUAAAGUUUGAAAAUGGAGAAGAGACUUUUAAUGCUGGAUAACAGUCAGAACUGACUGCAUGAUUUGCAAAAACUAUAUGGGGGAAAAGGGCUGCAUAUAGAUAUUGCUAGACUCCCAGCCUUGAGUUGUAAGGUGCAGAAGACUUUCAGAUUAUUCAACCUCAUGACCCUUUCCUUGUUAAAUAUUCUUCACGAAAAAAUGAAAUACUAGGAGAAAACAAAGACAUGUUAACCCACAUGAAAAAAUAAAAUUUAGACAAUUAAUUUAUUACAUGUGCUGCUAUUCUUGGAGCUCUGUGUGUAGUUAUCCUGCAGAUUAUUACAUUAGUGAACUAAUGAAGUGUUCACAGCAUAUUAACAAGGCCUACACAUGAUCUACCUCUAGUAAAGAGAUCAGUAAAGUAGCUAUGUUUUGGAGAGACUGACAUAGGUAAUUUAGAAAAUUUAAACGUCCUGGUAUGUAAUUAACCACGGUAUUUUAGAAAUUGGCACUUUUACAAAUGCAGUCCCUCUUUUGACAUAUAUCAUAAAUUCUAGAAUUUAAUAGAUAUCAAACAACUAAAGCCUUUCCAGAUUGUUAGUUUAGUAGAAAUCUUGCAAAACAAUAGCUUUAGUUUGAGAAGUGGAGCUACUGGUAUUUCCUCUGUUUUUCCUUUUUGUUACCUAUAACAUUUUGAAUUCUAUCAGUCAAAUUUUUCUGUCUAGUCAAUACGUUGGAGUCACAAUUUAGAUGAUUAAAGAAUUUUUCUGUAAGUUUAUCUUGAGCUUUUUCACAGUAGUCACUCUGCAGAUAAGAAAGGAAUAGAGAUUUUGAAAACUGUCAAAAGAUACAUCAAGUUUAAUAUAAAUCAGUUGAAGAUUUUUUUCUUUCAAAAUACAGUUUAAGCUUAUUUCCACAUUUACCAUGCUUCAGGAAAUCACUUGGCCAGUUCUUAAUUUUUUUUUUUUCCUUUUAAGGAAUGAGUGUCAGAUGUAUUUUUAAACUUAAGAGUAUUUAAAAGUAACAUUUGCUGUUUCUAAAGUGUCUCUUAAAUGCAUGUAUUGUGUGUUGCUUGAGGGCCAGAAAUAGGUUUUUUUUUUUAAAAAUAAUAUUGUACUGUUUCUGCCACUCAAAAAUGUUGUUGGUUAAAAAUACAGUAUUUUUGGCCACAUAUUCAUACUAUAUAGCCUCUUCAUUCCUUGAAAUUAGUUUUUCUGGAAUCUUCAUUUGAGCUUACUAUUCUCCCAAAAUGCUUCUUAUUAUGGUAAAUGUUGGAGAGAUAUUUUACUCCAAAAUUAUUUUUUAGUUAUACAUGCUUCAUCAUCAUUGUCUAAAUAUUAGAAUUUCCAGAAUAUCUUUGUUACAGCCAGAUGUUCAAAACAUUUAGGGUUUGUAACAGUGGAGAAGAUAAUCCAACAGUAUUACAAGAGGUUUGGGAUUUUUUUGGCUUGUGUUCAGUGGAAACUCAGAAGCAUGGGAGAAAAGAAAUAAAACUGCCUCAGGAAAAGAAAACUCAGAGUUUUCAGACAGUGAGGCAAAUUUCUUAAGGAUUUUUGGAUGAUUGCAGUACUACUGCAAAAGUAGUAUUUUCCUAGGUCUUUUUGUUCACCUGUGUUGUGGUAGGAGUAACAGAAGCCAAUGCGCUACUUUUCAGGAGUUUGACUCAUACCUGGUCAACAAUCACUGGAUCUUAGAUUAUCAUUAUUGAAGAAAUAGUAUUUCAGGCAAGUUGCAAAAAUUAGUUCAUUAUUAAGUGAACAAAACGGUUGAGGUAAGAUUCCUAGAGUGCAAGCAGUUUGUCUAAGCAAGGACAAGAGUGAAUGGUUCUUCUUCAUUUUUCUUUCCAGUUGCAGAGUGUAUGCAGAAGGAUCAGUCUCUAGGGAAGGAUUUAUUUUAUGUCUGUGUCUCAGUGAAGAUAAUGUCAACAAACUACAGUGUCAGUUGUGACGUUUAGAUUUGUGAAAUAGAUGUAGAAACUGUAUCUGUGCGGUAAGUUGUGCAUACCUGUGAUUAGAACCUUACAUCAGAUACUAUGAUCAUCUCACCCCAUAUCCAAGCACAGGACACUGUCCCAAACAUUUAGGAGUUCCAGAAUACUUAUAAAUUGCCAAAAAAAUACACAAUUGCCAGAUCCUUAGGUGCACACCUGGUAUCAGUAUGAUACGAAGGUACCAGACACCCUCUCACAGCUCAUUACUACCAAAAGGAGCUACCUUCCAAGACCUCUGAUUCUGGUUUUCAUCUGCUCAGAGCUUUGCCUCUCCCUUAUGUCAGCCCUGCUGCUUUGUCAAUGAACUGGGUGGGAAAAAAAAGACCUUAUUUUUGCUCUUCUUCCUUGGCUGCUUUAUUAGGCUAAUUUUCAGGGGUUUCAGCUAGUUUGGCUGACCAAUGGUUCCAAGAAGCGCUAAGCUGACGAGCUGGAAGUGAUAGAAUUGUGUGGCCCAAAGGCUCAGAAACGAGGAGAUGAGGGAGUAACAUUUUCCUCCCUAGAAACCUAGUGCUGUAGUUUCUAAAUGCUUCGUUUUAUGCACUUUGUGGGCUAUUAGCUAUUUUGGCUUGGAAGUGUUGCACUUGUCAUUUUUCAAGGCCUUGAUUGCAUAGUUAUUUCGGGGGAAAAGAAUAAAAGUACAGAACAAGGACAAGAGUCACGAGUUUCUGUGUAUGAGGAGUAAAUGCAACUGUAGUCAGACUGAAACUUCUUAGGAAGUUCUUAAGGAUGGAAAGUGUUAAGGAUGGAAAAAUACAACAAUUGGACUUUUAUUCAUCUCACAAAAAAGAACCCCAAAACAAAAACAAAACAAAACUAGUUCUUUUCCAGUGAGAUGUAAAAAGAAAAAGAAAAUGUUUUCUAUCUUAUUUAAAAUGCUGUGUUGCUGGGCUUGACAUUCAAGGUUUACUCUGUCCAAGGCACUUCUUUCUCCAUUCACACUCAUUUAUCACACUCCUUAAUUACUUCCUGCCAUCUAAAGAAAAUACCGUAUUGCUUUAUGUAUGUGCACUCUGGAAUACUUUCUGAUCCUUGUGAAUUAAAUGUAAAUUGGUCUGGUAAAAUUCAACAACAGAUGAUGUGUAGUACAGCUGAAGAGGAACGCACUCUCUGCUUAAUAUUGUUCCUCCUACCAUUUUGUUUUGAUUAUUUUUUGGUAUCUUUCCUUAUUAUCUUAUCCUAUUAGCCACAAAGAGAAGAUUCCUUGACAAACCAGAUUCAGUUCUGGUAGUCAUAAUGGAAUUGAUCAUACUGGCUGCAUUAAAGACAAAUUGUGACUAAGAACAGCUUCAGAAGGUUCCUGUAAUCAGGGGCAGAUACAAUUAGCCUUUUGGAUAGGCAUUUCAGAAAACAAAACUGUAACACUCUAGUUGGAAUACAAUCACUUGAAGGAUGUAGUAGGCAAACACGGGCCAAAUGUUGCCAUUUUAGUAUGUCAUUUUGCAUUGUUAGUAGAGAGCUGUUUGCUAAGAUGUUGCUGAAAAUUUGCCUUUCUCCUGCAGUUCUGUAUGAGGUGGUUAAUGCAAUGAUCAGGCUGGCACUCAACUGAAGAGAUGCAUUAAUUUGACAAUAAAUUAAACUGUAUUCUUGCAGAGACUAUUGCAUAAGAUUACUUUAUAUGAUGCUAACAACAACAAAAAAGAUACUUGCAUGCAGUAAAUAUUUAAGAUAUUGCACUUUUAUACAUUUAUUAUAAAGAGGAAUCACUCUCCCUAAAAAUAAAAAUCCAUGUAUCUCACAAUGAAGUAUCUGGAGUCUCUUAACAACUGUCAGUUACUUGUGCACACAGGUGUGAUUAUUGUAUAGUAGAGGCUAAUUGAUCUGUCACAUGCUGCAGAAUACUUGGUUUAUUUCAAAUGCUGAUUUUGGAAAGAAUGAGUAAUGUUUUUAUUAGUGUCUUGGUGACUACUUUUCUCAACAUACUUUUAGGAGAACCCUCACAGUUACUGAUAAGUUACUGAUUUAUUUUAGCUCAAGAAAUCAACUGAUUUACUAUUCAUUAUCAAGGUUUUCUUCAGGUGUUCUAGAACUUCACUGUUUCAUCUCACUUUGCUGAAGUUAAGCAACCUGAGUGUAAUUGAGAGGCAAAAGGCUAGAUAUAAACAUAGUCAAAUUUGAUAUUUCCCUUGCAUACUAAUCUUUCAAUGUAUAAAUCAAUGACAUGAAUAUAAUUUAGCUGAUGGAGCUAUUGCUCUUGAAUUGCAACAGGCUGUGGUGGUACUAAGAAGCAAUCAGUUUUCCUUAUAUACAUAAUCAUAUUACUCAGAUUCUUUACAAGGUGUCAGAAGUGUUCAAAUAAUGUUAUGACUAAUACAUGUAAAAACAGUUAAUUGAUUUUCGGUAUUAUUUAAUAUGGUCUAGAAAUUGUUGGAAUCUCUUGUAAGAAAUUAUAGAAAUGGUGCUACAAGUGGAAGAUUUCUGUGGUUAUGGAUUAAAUAAUUCUCUUUUGAUAUAUA